AUGACUACUGCCUCGUUCCCCACCCAGCACAUGACCGAGCCGACCCCCUACGACGGCAUCGCCUUUAACAAGGGCGAUCUCCAGCUCGUCUCUUUCGACGACGUCGAGUUCAUCGUCGACAGUCUCAAGGUGUCGGCUGCUAGCCCGGUGCUCCGUGACAUGGCCGCGACCUCGGGCCGCCCGGUCCACGUCCGCGAGUCGGGCAGUGCCCUGCAAGCCCUGCUCGCCAUCAUCAUCGCCGGCGAAGAACCCUUUGCGCACGCGCCCAAUGUCGUGCAGGACCUUGCCACCCUCCAGCUCCUGGUCAAGUACGACUGCAAGCCGGCCCUCACCUACGCGACGACCACGCUCAAGUGUCUCCUGAUGGAAGGCGACGUGUGUCCGUUCCAGUCGUUCAUCCUCGGCGCGCAGCUCGGUGACCUCGACCUGUGUCGCACCGCCAUUGUCCACGGUGACGUACCCCCGCUCGACGCCGGCGCGCAGACCUUCCUCCAGCCCUACCGCGACACCCUGCCCGCGGUCUAUGCCGACGCCCUGAGGGACUGCUGGAACUCGAGCACCGACCCCAAGGCAAGGGGCAACAUGUUCAUCGAGCUCAUGUCGCUCAGCGACUCGGACGACGGCAGCGACUUCAGCCACUAG